AUGACACAGUGGAAGAGCAAACUAAACAUUAGUGACAAGUCGAACAUGAACGAUAAAGCAGCCAGCAACCUUAAACUCGGUCUGUUUUCAUAUCCCGUUCUUCAAGCCGCCGAUAUUCUUGUGCACAGAGCAACUCAUGUUCCCGUUGGUGAAGAUCAGAGACAACAUCUCGAGUUUGCGCGAGAGUGUGUCACAAACUUCAACGCAACUUAUGGGAACCAUCUAGUACCCCCCCAAACUACCACCUCUCCUGUGCAACGGGUAAUGUCUCUCCAGAACCCAACAGAGAAAAUGUCAAAGUCCAGCAAGUCACCGAAAUCACGAAUCAGCAUCAUCGACUCGCCUGAAGAGAUCAAGGCCAAAAUCAAAGCUGCAACAACAGAUUCUAUCCCGGGGAUAAAUUACAACAGAGAAGAACGACCUGGAAUCUCGAAUCUGCUUGAUAUCAUGGCCAUUUUCGAUCCAGAGGGGAGAAAGGCCCAAGAGCUUGGAGAGCAGUAUAGCGAUCUUUCACCCAAGCAGCUCAAGGAGAUGGUCAGUGAUGCUGUCAUUGGUGGGUUAGAUGGUAUUCGUGAUCGGUAUACCGAGCUGCUGGAUAAGGGGGAUAAGUACCUUGAUUCGAUCGAGGCAAUUGGUGCUGAAAAGGCACGGAAGAGUGCUGAGGCAACCAUGCAGGUUGUCCGAGAGGCUGUUGGGCUAUAA